CAAAGUCUCCUCUCUUCCUCCCCCCCUAAAUCUCGUGUAUUUUUCUUCUUCUUCCUGUCACCCUUUGCAAAAAUGCAGGCUUUUCGCCGUGGUACCGUUUCUGCCCUGCGCAAUGUCGCGCAGCGACGGGGAUAUAGCACCCCCAGCUCUCCCUAUGCUCAGACUGCCAAAAACCUGCGGAUAAAUGCAGACACUAAGGUUCUUUUCCAGGGCUUCACUGGCAAGCAGGGAACCUUCCACGCCGAGCAAGCUAUUGCCUACGGAACCAAGGUUGUUGGUGGCACAAACCCCAAGAAGGCGGGCACGACGCAUCUUGACCUACCUGUCUUCGCUACUGUCGCCGACGCCGUCAAGGAGACCGGUGCCGAUGCUUCUGCGAUCUUUGUCCCCCCCCCUCUUGCUGCCAAGGGUAUCGAGGAGGCCAUCGCGGCCGAGGUUCCUCUCGUUGUCUGUAUCACCGAAGGAAUCCCCCAGCACGAUAUGGUUCGCAUCACCGAUAUCCUUAAGACCCAGAACAAGACUCGUCUUGUUGGUCCCAACUGCCCUGGUAUCAUUGCCCCUGGUCAAUGCAAGAUCGGCAUCAUGCCCGGAUUCAUCCACAAGCGUGGUCGCGUCGGUAUCGUUUCCCGCUCUGGAACCCUGACCUAUGAGGCUGUGAACCAGACAACUAUGGCCGGACUCGGCCAGUCCCUUGUCGUCGGUAUCGGCGGUGAUCCUUUCUCCGGAACCAACUUCAUUGACUGCCUCAAGAUCUUCCUUGAGGACCCCGAGACCGACGGUAUCAUCAUGAUUGGUGAGAUUGGCGGUAGCGCCGAGGAAGAUGCUGCCGAGUUCCUCAAGCAGUACAACACCCAGAACAAGCCCACGGUCAGCUUCAUUGCCGGUAUCAGUGCUCCCCCGGGUCGCCGUAUGGGCCACGCCGGCGCCAUCGUCAGCGGUGGUAAGGGCGGUGCCGACUCCAAGAUCGCUGCUCUCGAGGCCGCUGGUGUGAUCGUCGAGAGAAGCCCUGCCUCCCUGGGCAAGACUCUUCUUGCCGAGUUCGUCAAGCGGGAUCUCGUCUAAAUUUCAUUAUGAAGUGAGACCUGCUCCAUUUCCUUGACACUAUGCUCAUUGAUGUCCCUUGCUCCGUAUCUUUUGUAGGAUAUGGUGGCAAGAGGCUAAUAUACCUAUCUAUACGCCAG